CAGCAGGCGGCGGGGGGUCUCCUUGCUGCUGGCUGGGCGCCUUUGCCUUUGCCUUUGCCUUUGCGGCAGCAGCAGCAGCAGCAACCGCCCAGGCGAGGGAGGGAGGGAGGGAGGGAGGGGGCUCUCGGGGUGCAGCAGCGGCAGGUGUCCCCUCCCCUCCCCUCCCCGGCCGGGGCCAGGAGCCAGGAGCCAGGCGCCCAGGGCUGCAAGAAGUAAACGACGGCUCGAUUGGCGAAUCCUCUCCUUGACCUCCUCUGGAUCUCGCACCCAGGAUGGACCCCUCUGGACCGGACCCUGCCGCCUUCUCAGACAUCCGCCUGUGCGGCUACUUGCGCAAGCAGAAGUCCCACCGGCGCCGCUAUUUCGUGCUGCGCUGCGGGAGCGAGCGAGGCCCGGCCCGCCUGGAGUACUAUGAGAACGAGAAGAAGUUCCGGACGGGGGGUCCGUGCCCCCGGCCCAAGAGGGUCUUCCCCCUGGCCAGCGCCCUCAACGUCAACAAGCGUGCGGACGCCCGGCACCGCUACCUCAUUGUCCUCUACGGACGCGACGGGACCUUCGGCGUGGCGGCGGAGAACGCUGAGCAGCAGCAGACGUGGUACACGGCCAUGAUGGAGCUGCGCCGCAAGGGUCAGGAGUCCUCGGGGGGCGACCCCCAUGCUCUGGGGCCUGGCUUGGCCUUCCAGGAGGUCUGGCAGGUCAGCCUCCGUCCGCGAGGUUUGGGGCAGAGCAGGAACCUGACCGGGGUCUACCUCUUGGGCCUGACGGAGAGGACCAUCAGCUUCAUGAGGCUCAACUCGGACGUGGCGGCUGUGGUCCUGCAGCUGCUCAACGUCCGGCGGUGCGGCCACUCAGAGAACUACUUCUUCAUGGAGGUGGGGCGCUCUGCUGCCACAGGACCCGGGGAGCUGUGGAUGCAGGUGGAGGACCUGGUGGUGGCCCAGAACAUGCACGAGACCAUCCUAGAGGCCAUGAAGGCCCUCCGCAGCAAGGGCCAGGCCCUGGCCUCCACUCCCAUUUCAGUGCCUCCCCGGCGGCAGCACCCCGCAACCCCUCCACCUAGCCAGGGGUCUUUCUCGUGGAAGUCCCGGGCAGAGGGGAUGCCGUUCCUGAAUAAGAGCCCCCGAGCCACCACUGGGCAGAAGCCCCCCGCGACCAGGAAGCCCGACUCCUUGAGUGACUACAGUGCCAUCUCUUCGGAUGAGGGGGGGUCCAGUCCGUGCGAGUCGCGGCCCCCAAGCACUCUGGACCCCCUCAGCUAUAUGGUGGCCGGAGGGGAGCUGGACUACAUCUCCAUGAGCAAGCUGGCCUCUCCAGACGGGCACCGCCUGGCCCAGUGGGUAUCAGGGGCCGAGCCCAACAAGCGGGCCUCUCUGCCCCCCAUGGCCCUUGAGAAGGACACCCCCAGCCUGCCCCGCCGUACGCAGUCUUUCAAGGCUGUGGCUGUUUCGGCCAGCUACCCAGAAGGGCUCAACCUUCAUGGGACUGACCCAGGCUACAUGGCUAUGUUGCCCGGCGUGGCCACAAGCACCGAGGACCAGGACUAUGUGCCCAUGACCCCCAGCAGCGUCUCCCCUCCCCAGGAAAGUGGGGGCUAUAUGUUGAUGUCCCCAAGCGGGAGCUGCUCUCCGGAUGGGACGGGGCACUGGGCGCCAGCUGGCGAUGGCACCGAGGGCAAAUCUUUUGGGGGCAACUACAUGAACAUGUCGCCUGCCAGCCUCUCUGCCUCAAGUACAUCCCCGGAGCAUAGUCCGCUGCUGGCCAUCUCUGGAAGUGCCCCUUUCUAUUCCCUGCCCCGAUCCUAUAAACAUACCCCUAAGACACUCCUGUGUCCAUUCAACUCAGGCCGCUUUUCAGGCUCUUCAUCCACCAGCUCCGAGAGUUUGGAAGGGUCUCUCGGCGGCCUCAGUUGUCCACUUAAUGCCUUCAUGGAACUGCCCCCAGGAGGGCGAGGAGCCCCCUCUGCCCCCAGGAGCGCUGGGGAGUAUGUCAGCAUCGAAUAUCCUUCCCGCGGCACCGACUACAUCAGCAUGGAGCUCUGCGCCACCCCGGCCGAGUCUAGCGGCACAGCAGUCCCUGACAGCUAUGCCGAGAUGGCGCCAGGUGCCCAGCUGAUGCGGGUGUGCCCUCAAGGGAUGCGGCGCAACUGCUCUGAGACAUUCCCUGAGACGGAGAGGUACGCAGCACUGCCGCCGCCGCCACUGCCAUCCAGCGAGACCCAGAUGGAGCUGGGCCUGAACUACAUCGACUUGGAUCUGGCUAAGGAGGUUGCCAAUGCCACCCCUGCAGAGGUGGCCAACCCUGUGCCCCUGCAUCCAUACACUGCCCCUGACCAGAAACUUGACUUGCGCCAGAAGGAAAACCGUUUCACAACGACGCCAAUGAGCUUCUUUUCUUCUCCUAAUUUGCACCAAAGUGACUUUGCUGCUGCUCCUUUUCCUUCUCUGUCCAUCUCUGUGCGUUUGAUGUCAAGUGCCUUUGGGGCGAAUGGGGGCAUCUCUCUGUGCCCCAAAGAGGAACCCUAUUUUGGGGAGACGGGGAUUUGGCCAGCUCUACUCCGUGACCCUCUGCCAAAAUGCCCCAUGUGCCUUCUUCCGGGAUGCAGCUGGGAUUCUGGGGACGUUUGGGGUGACUGAACCCCAGAAUUGUCACUGAUUAAAAAAAGAAAAAGGACUUAAUUUUUGCUGCUUUGGGUGCCAGUUUUGGAAAGCAAGUGAUGGCCUUUCUCUGCAAAUGUCUUUGUGGUCUUUGUCCAUUUCAGUCCAGAUCCCUCGGCAAUAAAACCUUCACCUGCCUUGGAAAACCCCCCGACUGACUCAAAGUGCCUGGGUUCAAGCCCUCCCCAAAACUGCUCAGAUAUUUCCCCCUAAACCUGUCUCCUUCCCACGGUGUUUUCCUCUCUGGUUGCACCCGCACUGCUGGAAUAAUCCAGUUUGACACCACUUUAACUGCUGUGGCUCCUUGCUGUGGAAUUUGGGGAAUUGCAAUUUGUUGUGGCACCAGAGCUCUUCCAAAAGUCCUUAGCAUGGAGCCAUGGCAGUUAAAGUGGGGUAAAACUGGAUUAUUUUGGCAGUGCGGAUGCAGCUUCUGUUGCACUUUGCACAGGGAACCCUCAGGGACUGCUCUAGGAAAAAAGACCCCCAAAAGGCCCUCUGUCUUGCCUAGAAAUCCCUCCCUUUCCCUUGGCCAGACAUUGAGGAUUGACCUAAGUUUGCUUCUCUGAUAUUUGGAAAAUAAAGACGUUUUAAAUACGGA